GUUGGGGCAGCCCCCACAGCUCCUGGCCUUCGGGCCAAGGUGUCGGGCGUGCGUCUCCUGGCCCAUCAAUACAGAUUACAUAUUUAUAUCAAUCGCGGGCUCUGAGGGCGCCCUCGGAGAGCGGCCCCGCGCCUACGAAACCAAACUGGGAGUGGUCGCGCGGAAACUCUGGCUCGGGAUUGGCUGCGGGCGCCCGCCGCGGUGCGGGGGGAUUGCUAAUCGUAUUCAGCAUGUUUUGCACAAGAAAUGUCAGCCAGAAAGGGCUAUCUGCUCCCUUCGCCAAAUUAUCCCACAACAAUGUCAUGCUCGGAGAGCCCCGCCGCGAACUCUUUUUUGGUCGACUCGCUCAUCAGCUCGGGCAGAGGCGAGGCAGGCGGCGGUGGCGGUGGCGCGGGGGGCGGCGGAGGUGGCGGUUACUACGCCCACGGCGGGGUCUACCUGCCGCCCGCCGCCGACCUGCCCUACGGGCUGCAGAGCUGCGGGCUCUUCCCUGCGCUGGGCGGCAAGCGCAAUGAGGCAGCGUCGCCGGGCGGCGGUGGCGGGGUUCUAGGUCCCGGGGCGCACGGCUACGGGCCCGCGCCCAUAGACCUGUGGCUAGACGCGCCCCGGUCCUGCCGGAUGGAGCCGCCUGAGGGGCCGCCGCCGCCACCCCAGCAGCAGCCGCCGCCCCCGCCGCAACCACCCCAACCCCCGCCGCAGGCCACCUCGUGCUCUUUCGCUCAGAACAUCAAAGAAGAGAGCUCCUACUGCCUCUACGACUCGGCGGACAAAUGCCCCAAAGGCUCGGCCACCGCUGCCGAACUGGCUCCCUUCCCGCGGGGCCCGCCGCCGGACGGCUGCGCCCUGGGCGCCUCCAGCGGGGUGCCAGUGCCUGGCUACUUCCGCCUUUCUCAGGCCUACGGCACGGCCAAGGGCUAUGGCAGCGGCGGCGGCGGCGCGCAGCAACUCGGGGCUGGCCCGUUCCCCGCGCAGCCCCCGGGGCGCGGUUUCGAUCCACCGCCCGCGCUAGCCUCCGGCUCGGCCGAUGCGGCCCGGAAGGAGCGAGCCCUCGAUUCGCCGCCGCCCCCCACGCUGGCUUGCGGCAGCGGCGGGGGCUCGCAGGGCGACGAGGAGGCGCACGCGUCGUCCUCGGCCGCGGAGGAGCUCUCCCCGGCCCCUUCCGAGAGCAGCAAAGCCUCGCCGGAGAAGGACUCCCUGGGCAAUUCCAAAGGUGAAAACGCAGCCAACUGGCUCACCGCAAAGAGUGGUCGGAAGAAGCGCUGCCCCUACACGAAGCACCAGACACUGGAGCUGGAGAAGGAGUUUCUGUUCAACAUGUACCUUACUCGAGAGCGGCGCCUAGAGAUUAGCCGCAGCGUCCACCUCACGGACAGACAAGUGAAAAUCUGGUUUCAGAACCGCAGGAUGAAACUGAAGAAAAUGAAUAGAGAAAACCGGAUCCGGGAGCUCACAGCCAACUUUAAUUUUUCCUGAUGAAUCUCCAGGCGACGCAGUUUUUUCACUUUCCGAGCGCUGGUCCCCUCUCUCUGUCUUCAGCCUCUGCCCAGGAACUCGCACCUGUGCUGGAGCCCUGUUCCUCCCUCCUACACUCGCCAUCUCCUGGGCCGUUACAUCUGUGCAGGGCUGGUUUGUUCUGACUUUUUGUUUCUUUGUGUCUGCUUGGUGCUGGUUUAUUUGUUGUUUUCUGGGAGAAAAAGCCAUAUCGUGCUAAAAUUCUAUAGAGAUAGAUAUUGUCCUAAGUGUCAAGUCGUGACUGGGCUGGGUUUGCUGUCUUGGGGUCCCACUGCUCGAAAUGGCCCCUGUCUUCGGCUGAGCUGGUUUCCUGCCCAGCCUGGGGCAAACCUAGCCGGAAGGCCGAGGUCCCAUUGUUGGCGCUGAGGUGUCUGGCCUGAGGUCAAUGGUGCAAAGGAGCCGACACCGGGCAUGUCUGCCUGGAGUGCUGUGCUGUGUUUAAUCAGGGGAUACAGGCCCCUGGGUUUCUUUUUUCUUUCUUCCUUUCUUCCUUGGCCGAGAGAAGGGCUUACAGGCAUGGACACGCAGGUUGGCAAACGGGCUUGACUUUGGCUGAUUUAAAAAGUGAGAAAGAAAGUAAAAAAGAUUAAUUUUUCCUUCCUCUGUAAGAUAUCCCAGCUUUAAAAAGAAAAAAAAAUAAAAAGAAUUACCAAGAGAAGGGGACUUCUCUUCCAGUUUCUGUAAGGUCUUACAUUGCCUGACUAAAAUGUUUCAUUUACCUCUAAAUUUCCAUAUCCUUCUGGCUGUAGAUAAAUAAUGUAGUUUUUUUUAUGCAUUUGGAAUUAGUGGAUUUUUUUUGUCAUUAAAAUUGUUACCACUGGUAACGUGACAAGCACACCACAAUUCUCCCUAUCUUGUGAAGUUGUUUUUUUAAAUCACCUUGAACAAAAAGUUUUUUUUGUUGUUGUUUUUGCUUUCUGAAAUUCACAGAAGCCUAGGAGGACUGGGGUAAGCGGAAUAAACUAGAGAAGGGAGACAUUGUUUGGAUUUCCUUUAUACUGUGAAGUUACAUGCAUAAAAGGGUCAAACCUGUAGAUGCAGAAAAAGAAAAAAACUAUAAAUACAAAUCUGUAUAAAUGUCUAUUAUUAUGAAGAAUUGCCAAUCUUGUUUUAAGCAAAUGCAUUCUAUCAUUAUUAUAAAUGUUAGUUCUAGCUCUAUUUACUUCUAAUCUUAAAUCAGAAUAAAUUAAUAUUGUAUUGCUGCUGUGCGUGGAAAAAGACGAUGUUUAUGUUCGUAUAGAAUAAAAGCUGUGGAAUGAA